AUGGCACAGAAUAAUAACUUGGCACCUGUUGACGUAUUACAAAUUUUGAUCGUACCAGUCUGUAAUCAAAUGAAUGUUAAUGAGGAAGAUAUUAGAAGAAUUGCCGUUCUUGCUCUAAGAAAUCUUACUCCUCUGGGACACGACUUUCUUAUUAGUUUAACCGACAGGAUAAAUUCUCAUAGUGAAGAAUUGCAACGAUUAAGCAAUGAUAGUUUGGAGAAUGCAAUUUAUUACGGAUGUGAAUUCACCAACUUAACUAAAUGGGAUAUACCUUUUUCCCCUAAUGUUUGA